UAAUUGUGGGGACAAGGUCAAAAUCGUCCAACUCGCUGAGACGCGUCGCGCCGCAGUUGAUAAAAAGACCCCACUUUGGGUUUGCGGCCGCAGAGAGGUUCGAUCUUCAGUAAAGAUGGCCUCGACUCGACUGCUGAGCAAGGAAUUACCAGACAUUGAGGACCUGCUGGCCCUGAAUCCGAAAAUCGCUCCGUUCGCCAGCGUGGUGCCUUCGGCGGUGACCAAGCAGGAGAAACUUAAGUGGAAGCGCAAUGCCAACAAAAACUGUACGUCUUGUCCAAGUCUGGAGAACAAUUUUGACGACAUCAAGCACACCACCCUGAGUGAAAGGGCAGCCCUGAAAGAAGCGGCCCGGUGCUUGAAAUGUGCCGACGCGCCCUGUCAAAAGUCGUGUCCGACUCAGCUGGACAUCAAGAGCUUCAUCACCAGCAUUGCCAACAAAAAUUACUACGGAGCCGCUCGAGCCAUCUUUUCGGACAACCCGUUGGGUCUGACCUGCGGAAUGGUGUGUCCGACGAGUGACCUGUGCGUGGGCGGGUGCAACCUGGCCGCCUCCGAGGAGGGUCCCAUCAACAUCGGCGGCCUCCAGCAAUUCGCCACCGAGGUGUUCCAGAAGAUGCGAAUUCCGCAGAUUUUGCGGCCAGGCUUGGUGCGUCCUGCAGGUCAUGACCGCAAAAUCGCCCUGCUGGGCUGCGGACCUGCGUCUUUGUCUUGCGCGACCUUCCUCGGCAGACUCGGCUACUCGGACAUCACCAUAUUCGAGAAGAAUGACUACAUUGGAGGCUUGAGUUCUGCAGAAAUUCCUCAAUAUCGUCUUCCCUAUGAUGUGGUCAACUUUGAAAUCGAUCUUGUUCGUGAUCUGGGAGUUAAAAUUGAAACGGGAAGGGCCCUGUCAACCCAGGAUCUGACAAUCAAGAGUCUUCGAGAGGAAAAAUAUUCGGCGAUUUUCAUCGGUAUUGGUUUGCCCGAUCCGAAAAAUUUUGGCGUGUUCGCUGGAUUGGGAGAAGCUCAGGGUUUUUUCACGUCCAAGAGCUUCCUUCCGCAGGUGUCUCGCGGCAGCAAAGCGGGAAUGUGCGCUUGUAAAUCGACCUUGCCCAAACUCUACGGGUCAGUCGUGGUCCUGGGCGCCGGAGACACUGCCUUUGACUGCGCCACCUCAGCACUGCGUUGCGGUGCCAGAAAGGUCUACGUCGUUUUCAGGCGAGGCACUACAAAUAUUAGAGCUGUUCCUGAGGAGGUCGAGCUCGCAAGAGAUGAAAAGUGCGAGUUUGUCCCAUUCCAGGCUCCUAAAAAAGUCUUGGUGGAGAAUGGAAGGAUUUGUGGCAUCGAACUCGUCCGCAACGAACAAGACGACAACGGCGAGUGGCACUUGAGCGACGACCAAAUAACAAGAAUUAAGGCCAAUUUCGUCAUCUCCGCUUUCGGCUCCACGCUGGACAACACUGACACCAAGGAAGCUUUGGCACCACUGAAAUUCAACAAGUGGGGUCUGCCUGAGGUCAACCCUGAGCUAAUGACUUCCAGCGAGGCGGAUGUUUUUCUCGGAGGAGACGUUGCCGGAGUAUCAGAAACAACAGUCGAGUCUGUCAAUGAUGGAAAAACAGCGUCCUGGAGCAUUCACAAAUACCUUCAAUCUCUGGAGGGCAAAAGCGUCCCUGAGGCGCCUCAACUUCCCAAGUUUUACACUCCGAUUGACGAUGUGGACUUGAGUGUGGAAGUUUGCGGGAUGAAAUUCCCCAAUCCCUUUGGUCUGGCGUCCGCACCACCAGCCACUACAAGUGCAAUGAUCAGAAGGUCAUUUGAGGCUGGCUGGGGUUAUGCGGUCACUAAAACGUAUUCCCUUGACAAGGAUAUUGUUACCAAUAUUUCACCUCGCAUUGUGCGCGGCGUCACGUCAGGCCACAAUUACGGUCCUGAACAAGGUUCUUUCCUCAACAUCGAACUCAUUUCGGAAAAGUCAUGUGCUUACUGGUGCAGAAGUGUAACGGAACUAAAGAGGGACUUCCCUGAUAAGAUUGUGAUUGCAAGUAUAAUGUGCAGCUUUAAAAAGGAUGACUGGAUUGAGCUCAGUAAACUGGCGGAAGAUGCAGGCGCAGAUGCCCUGGAACUCAAUCUCUCUUGUCCCCAUGGAAUGGGAGAGUCUGGAAUGGGCCUAGCGUGUGGACAAAAACCAGAGCUUGUCAAAGACAUUUCGCUGUGGGUUCGAUCUGCUGUGAAAAUUCCCUUUUUCGUCAAAUUGACCCCGAACAUCACUGAUAUCGUCGUAAUUGCAAAAGCUGCCUACGAAGGUAAAGCUGAUGGCGUCUCUGCAAUCAACACCGUUUCUGGUCUGAUGAGUCUCAAGAGUGAUGGAUCGGCCUGGCCUGCUGUGGGCAAGGAAAAGCUCACAACGUACGGUGGUGUGUCCGGAAACGCAAUUAAGCCCAUGGGUCUGCGAGCUGUGUCUGCAAUUGCAAAUGCCCUGCCAGGCUUUCCUAUUCUUGGAAUAGGAGGCAUCGACUCUGCCGAUGCAGCCUUCCAGUUCCUCAUGGCAGGUGCCUCUGUUGUUCAGGUUGGAAGUGCGAUUCAAAAUCAAGAUUUCACCCUCAUCGACGACUACUGCUCUGGUUUGAAAACACUGCUCUACUUCAAAUCACUGGAGCACCUGAAGGACUGGGAUGGCCAAUCACCUCCUACACCUGUUCACCAGAAAGGAAAAUCUGUCACUUUGAUGAGUUCCAUUGGAAAGCAACUGCCUCAUUUUGGCAACUUCCUUGAUGAACGUGAAAAAGUGGAAGUGGAAAUCAAGAAAAAGGAAGGUCCCUUAUCUGAAAAGAACCAGCCGACCGUCAAUCGUCCCGCUCCGCUGCCUUCAAAGGUGCCGAGUCUGAGUAAUGUGAUUGGGAUGGCGCUUCCGCAGAUUGGUGCGUACAAGAGACUGGACAACAAACAGCAAGUCGUUGCCCUGAUCAAUGACGAUAUGUGUAUCAAUUGCGGCAAGUGCUACAUGGCUUGUAACGAUUCCGGAUACCAAGCUAUCACUUUUGACGCUGAGACUCACAUUCCACACGUCACAGACGAUUGCACCGGCUGCACAAUGUGCGUUUCCGUUUGUCCUAUCAUCGACUGCAUAACUAUGGUCAAAAAGACGAUUCCUCACGUCAUUAAGCGCGGAGUGGCUAUCAAUAACGCUCAGCAUGCUAUUAAUGAAUGUCAGUAGUCGCAAUUUCCAAUUUUUAAAUUUUAUCGUGGUUUUGGAUUUUUAAUUGGGCUAAAACAAAACAGAUUUGGUAGCUGAAAGUUGUUAAUCUAGGCUUAAUAAAGAACCCAAAUUUUUAAAUAAUCUUAAUAAUGUUUAAACAAUUUUGAUCAAAUUAUGCAUCAAAUUUUAUACAGAAAAAUCUGACUUGGAGGGUCCUAAUCAAAGAGAAACUUAUUGUGUCUUUCAUUAUGUGCACUUGUUGAGCUUUGCAUAUUAUUAGUUAGAAUCUCCUGCAAAAUCCAGAGUAUGCAGCCCGCGCCACAGAAAAGCUCCCACGGUUGCAUACAUUCAACUAAAAAAAUCAAUACAUCGUAGCUUAUGAAUAUAAUAUAAAUCAAGGAAAUAAAAAUAAGAGAUAAAAAUUCAUUUUAAAAGUUUAUUCUUCGUUUUAUGUGGAUUACUUUAUUAAAUUAUAAAGAAACUAAUAGCACUAUUUUGUCUCACUCUAACAAUUCUGGCUGUACAAAAUUUUGUUCCUUUUUUGUAAUAGAAAUCCAAUCGGUUUGUCAUAGUCGUCCACUUUCACACACAUAUAUGAUCAAUAAAUAAUUAAAUGUCAGCUUAAUAAAUAUUACAGAGAUA